AUGAGCAAGGAGCAAGGGUUUAGGAAGCAUCCUCUGGCGACCUUCUUCGUUGAGGCGCACGACUUCGUUCAUAAUGCUGGAGCGAUCCUCUACCGUCGUGUGAGGGCUCCUGCACCGGCUGCAGAUGGCGCGGCGAUCCCACCUGCCCCGGCUGCUGUGCCUGAUGACGCAGGACGCCCCCCGGCAUCUGUGGUACACAUCCCUGGUUUGCGCGCUCUCGUCGACUCGUCUCAUGAGCACUUCAUUCCUCCGCCUGCGCAGCGAAAUGUGACUCCUCUUGUCAUGCGCGUCUUCCCUCGCCAUGUGCAUGCUCGCGCUGCGCUGACCGAUCAGCAGCGUGAUAUCCUCACCUUGCACAGUCGCAGGACACACUCGCUCAAGUCGCAGGAUAGGGUCUUGCAGUCUACCAUCUUCGCUCAUUUUCCUGAGCGUGACCUGAGCCACUCUCCGAUGCGAGUCUCGAGCUACUACCCCCUCAAGGCCUUCCCGCACCGCUAUGCUCAGAUGCUCGACUGCUAUCUCCAUGGCAUGCCGAUCUGCCAGUGUCCGACGGAAUGUGAUGGAUGUCAGCGCGCGCUCGAUCCCUCCGUUGCUGCACAUCAUCUCCAGACCUGCAAACGCCGAUCCUCCAAGCUUCCCACGGCGCAUGACAACCUUACUCGUACGAUUCGGUCGAUGCUGAACGAAGCUGGUCUUCAGAGCGUCAUCGAUACAGUGGGGCAUGGGCGUGUCUAG